CUCAGCAGGUUUGUUGGAGUCAUGCGCGGUUGCAGCCUGCGAGCUGAAGUUGUGGAGCAGUUUUGGAGUGAGGUGCGCUGUUCCCACGUCAACAUGAUAUCUCUGCUGUUGAGCAGCGUGUUAGCGGGACUCAUGGCUCUUGUUUUCUACCAGAGGAUGGCUUAUCCUUUCUUCUGGGUGGAUCUGGGUUAUCACUUGAAACUACGGAGGUACAGAAAGACGUUACAGGCCAGUAUGCGGCAGGGGAUCAUCUCAUACCUCGACUGUUUCCUCUACCAGGCGAGGAAGAACCCGAACAAACCCUUCAUUAUCUUCGAAGACCAGACUCUGACAUACCAGGACGUGGACCAGAGAAGUAACAAGUUUGCCAAUGCAUUCAUGACCGAGAGCUCUUUGAAAAAAGGAGACAUUGUCGCCCAGUUGAUAAGCAACGAACCUGACUUUAUCAGUGUGUGGUUGGGACUGUGUAAACUGGGCUGUGAGGUCGCCUUUCUCAACGUAAACAGUAAGGCCAAGUCUCUGCUUCACUGCUUGCAGAGCUGCGGAGCCAAGACGCUUGUCGUUGGCGCAGAUUUGGUGUGUUUGGUGGAGGAGGUGCUGCCUGAUAUAAAGAAGGACAGCAUAGCAGUGUGGGUGGUGGAUCACACAUCACCCUCUGAGGAUUUCAACAGUUUAUUAGAUAAGGUGGAACACAUGUCUGGGGAAACACUGCGUGAACUUCCUAAAGUUGACAUCAUGUCAAACUUCCUCUUAAUUUUUACUUCAGGCACCACAGGUCUCUCCAAGGCGGCCCACAUAGGUCAUCUGAAAGCCAUUUUGAGUAUGGCCUUCUUUCCAAUGUGUGGAGCCACAUCUGAUGAUAUUAUCUACAUCACUCUUCCUCUUUAUCACAUGUCUGCUUCCCUGUUGGGAAUUGGAGGAUGCAUACACCUUGGUGCAACUUGUGUGUUAAAAAAGAAGUUUUCCGCCAGUCAGUUUUGGAAGGACUGUGUGCAACACAAGGUGACUGUAGUGCAGUACAUAGGGGAACUCUGUCGAUACCUGGUCAACCAUCCCAUGGUUCCAGAGGAGAGAGCUCACAGUGUUUGGCUGGCAGCAGGAAGUGGUCUCAGGUCAGAUGUUUGGAAGGAGUUUGUCAAACGCUUUGGUAGGAUCAAGAUCAGAGAGGGUUAUGGCUUGACAGAAGCAAGCAUCGGCUUUCUCAACUACACCGACGAGGUUGGACCAAUUGGGAGGGCAAGCUAUUUCAACAAGCUUUCUAUGCCAUUUGAACUCCUUAGAUAUGAUCCACAAACAUAUGAGCCAGCCAGAACAGACUCUGGGAGAUGUCUACGAGUACAAAUAGGAGAGCCAGGGAUCCUGGUAGCACCUCUGACAGCUAUGAACCAGUUUCUGGGCUACGCUGGGAGCAAGGUCCAGUCUGAGAAGAAACUGCUCAGGGAUGUGUUUAAAACUGGAGAUGUCUAUUUCAACACUGGAGACUUACUGCUCCACGAUCACAGGGAUUUUCUCUACUUCCAUGACCGCAUUGGAGACACCUUCAGGUGGAAAGGAGAAAAUGUAUCCACCACAGAGGUGUCAGAGGUUUUAGGUCUUGUUGAUUUUAUCAAGGAAGCCAACGUCUAUGGAGUCACUGUACCAGGAUAUGAAGGUCGAGCAGGUAUGGCUGCUAUUGUCUUAAAAGAUGAUCACAAAUUAAAAGGAACAAAACUCUACAACCAUUUGGUAAAAACACUUCCUGCAUAUGCCUGGCCGUGGUUUCUCAGGAUACAGGCCUCUCUGGAUGUGACUGAGACCUUCAAGCAGCAGAAGAUGAAGCUGGUCCAAGAGGGCUUUAAUCUGACUGUCACCCAGGACCCUCUGUAUUUCUUAGAUGUCUCUCAGAAGGACUAUAUUCUCCUGACUGUCCCCAUAUAUCAAGACAUUGUGUCAGGAAAGAUCCAUUUAUAAACAUUUAUAAAUUUUAUUUAAAAACAGCUUCAUUCAGGAGUUCUGACAGGCAUCUGGAGGACAUUUAAUGAGAAACUAAAGAUAAUCUGUAUUAUGGCCAUUUGUCUAUGUUUAAAACUCUGAUCUGUGAUUAGUGCUACAAUGAGUGGUUCCCAGCAUUUUUAAUUGCAAACCUUUAAAACACAGAGCCACAGAGCCUUAUACCCCCCCACCCCCUAGUUUCAAAAUUAGUUAUUAACUGUAAAUUUUCAAACACCAGCCACAGCCUUACCUCAACUACAGAGGAGAGAAGCAGACCUUUAUUAGAAACAGGUAUAUAUAGAGACAUGUCUCUCUCUUUCUAAUUUUUCCUGUUUUGUACAGUAAAUAUAUUUGUUUUAAUGCGAUUCCCUGAGUUGUGGUCUGCUCAUGUGUUGGUUUGCUAAUGAUACAAAUCAUAUAUCAUAUCAUUUAUCAUAUCUACAUUUUCACAGCACCAGUUCAAUCAGAAAGGCUGUUUUUAUUCACUUAUUAUUACCACUUGCAGCUGCUUAACUAUUUUUUUAUCGCUGCUAAUGGAGUUCAGCAGCUAAUGGAACUCAGCACUCUGACAUUAAAGAGCAAUGUGCAUGUUGAAA